AACACAGACGCUGUGCAACGAAUAUGCACCGCAGCAGAAGUGAAAUUCUACGGAGCAAGUCUACUGCAAAGCGCCGAAAGUGGAGGAGCAAUAAAAAGUAACUACCUUAAACCUAACAAGAACUGCAACCUGUCGUCAUGGUCAGACGGUUGCGAACCAGGUUGGUCAUGCAGUGUGGGACCCGACACAAAAGUCGACCUUAAAAACUCCAAAGACAUGCCCCUCAGAGACCUCGAUUGCCAGCCUUGCUGCGAGGGCUUCUUCUGCCCUCACGGUCUCACGUGCAUGAUACCGUGCCCGUUGGGAGCUUACUGUCCUAUGGCGAAACUCAACAAAACUACCGGUGUCUGCGAUCCGUAUCGAUAUCAAUUACCUCCAGGGCAAUCGAAUCACACGUGUGGAGGAGCAGAUAUUUGGUCGGAUUUUACGACUGGAAAUGAGUUAUUUUGUUCAGCCGGGUUUUACUGCCCCUCCACCACUCUGAAAAUUCCUUGCAGCCAAGGGCAUUAUUGCAGAGCUGGUUCUACUGCUCAAAUAAGUUGCUAUCAGCUUGCAACUUGUGAGAAGCAAACUGCAAACCAGAAUAUCACAGCCUACGGUCUCAUCUUCUUCGGCGGGAUCACUCUAGUACUUCUGAUCAUAUACAACUGCUCCGGACAAGUACUGAGCACCCGAGAAAAGAGACAAGCAAAAUCUCGAGAAGCCGCAGCAAGAAGCGCUCGAGAAACCGUACAAGCACGCGAGAGAUGGAAAUCCGCGAAAGAAGUCGCUCGGAAAGGCGCGACCGAGCUCACGUCGCAGCUCUCACGCACAUUCUCCCGCAAAAAGUCCGUCAUGCACGAGGGGCCCAAGAGUUCGGGUCAACCCAAACCCGGAUCCGACGCCGCGGUCCCGCCCAUGCCCCCAAGCGGGGACCCAAAAGGGAAGAAGAAGAAAGAGAGCAACCUCACAAAAAUGAUGCGCGAUCUCGAAGAGAAUUCGGAUGACGAGGGUUUCAAUAUGGAGAUCGGGGAUAGAAAUUUGAAGGGCAAAGCGGGAAAAGGGAAGCAACUCCACACACGGAGCCAAAUUUUUAAAUACGCGUACGGUCAAAUCGAGCGGGAAAAGGCAAUGCAGGAGCAAAACAAGAACUUGACUUUCUCCGGUGUGAUAUCCAUAGCUUCGGAUAUGGAGUUCUUGAGUAGACCACCUAUUGAAGUCUUUUUCCAAGAUUUGACCCUUACGUUGAGAGGCAAGAACAAGCACUUGUUGAGGUGUGUGACCGGGAAAUUAGUGCCGGGCCAUGUUUCGGCGGUGAUGGGCCCGUCGGGUGCCGGGAAGACAACCUUUCUGUCAGCUUUGACCGGAAAAGCUGCCGGAUGUACCAUCACCGGCUCGAUUCUGAUCAACGGUAAAGAUGAGCCGAUGCAGUCGUAUAAGAGGAUUAUUGGGUAUGUGCCACAGGAUGAUAUUGUUCAUGGGAAUUUGACUGUGGAGGAGAAUCUUUGGUUCAGUGCUAGAUGCAGACUGCCAGCUGAGCUGGAAAAGCCGGAGAAAGUCCUGGUGGUGGAGAGAGUAAUCGAGUCCUUAGGGUUGCAACCCGUUCGAGACUCGAUAGUAGGAACAGUCGAAAAACGAGGAAUUUCUGGAGGUCAAAGGAAACGAGUCAACGUCGGCCUCGAAAUGGUCAUGGAACCUUCUCUCUUAAUCUUGGACGAGCCCACUUCUGGUUUAGACAGUUCUUCGUCUUUGCUUCUACUUAGAGCUCUUCGCCGCGAAGCUCUCGAAGGAGUAAAUAUAUGCAUGGUUGUUCAUCAACCAAGUUACACAUUAUUCAAGAUGUUCGAUGAUUUGAUACUUCUAGCCAAGGGCGGACUUACAGUGUACCACGGUCCGGUUAAGAAAGUGGAGGAGUACUUUGCAGGCCUUGGGAUACACGUUCCGGAAAGAAUGAACCCUCCGGAUUAUUUCAUCGAUAUAUUGGAAGGGAUAGUAAAACCGAGCGCCAGCUCAGCGGUUAAGUUUAAGGAGCUUCCACUAAGAUGGAUGCUCCACAACGGCUAUCCUGUGCCAGCAGAUAUGCUGGAUUCGGCAGGGGUGGCCCCUACUGCGUCGGAAGAUUCCGCUCACGGCGGAACUUCAGCGGCAAAGACGGAGUCCGACCAGUCCUUCGCCGGAGAGCUGUGGCAGGAUGUGAAGUUCACCGUCGGGCAGAAGAAAGAUCACAUAUCUCAUAAUUUCACCAAAUCGCUCGAUUUGUCUAACAGGCAAACCCCCGGUGUUUCGCUGCAGUAUAAAUAUUUCGUCGGAAGAGUGGGAAAGCAACGACUAAGAGAAGCUAGGAUACAAGCGGUCGAUUAUUUGAUUCUACUAUUGGCAGGAAUAUGCUUAGGAACCCUAGCCAAAGUGAGCGACGAAACGUUCGGUUCAACGGGAUAUCUAUACACAGUCAUUGCAGUCUCUCUGCUCUGCAAAAUUGCGGCUUUGAGAUCGUUCGCUCUGGAUAAGUUGCACUAUUGGAGAGAGAGUGCUUCAGGAAUGAGCAGCUCGGCAUAUUUUCUAGCAAAGGACACGAUCGAUCAUUUCAGUACAGUUGUAAAGCCUGCAGUCUAUCUAUCCAUGUUUUACUUCUUCAACAAUCCUAGGUCAACCAUUUUCGAUAACUACCUGGUAUUGCUUUGCUUGGUCUACUGUGUUACUGGCAUUGCCUAUUUUCUCGCCAUCUACUUCGAACCCGGUCCCGCACAACUGUGGUCAGUUUUGCUUCCUGUUGUUUUGACUCUGAUUGCUAACCAAGAGGGAGAUACGUUCGUGACGAAAUUAGGAGACUUUUGCUACACUAAGUGGGCAUUGGAAGCGUUUUUGCUAGCAAAUGCCGAAAGGUAUUCGGGGGUGUGGCUAAUUCAAAGAUGCGGUGCGCUUAGACAAAGAGGUUAUCACCUAAAGCACUACUAUUCUUGUCUAGCCUACCUUCUUGCUACAGGCAUACUAAGUCGAGCCGUUGCUUUUUUCUGCCUCGUCACUUUCCAGAAAAAGUAAUUAAAUUCCGUAAAAAA